AGAAUGACAAUGUCAUUAUUUGUUUUCGUAAUUCAACGCGAAAUUGUAAAAAAAUAGAUAUAAACUAGCAGACUAAUAUAUAAUUCCGUUUUUAAUGUAUUCCGACACAGCAUUUGUAUAUUUCAAAUAAGUUGGUGCCAGUAAUUUCCAUUCGUUUCCUGUUGUUGCGUCAGUACCUAUUUCUAAUUAUUGUUGAUAACUCUACAUCAAAUAAAGGAGAUAAUAGUGUUAUAAUGGAUUGCGUAGCGAAAUUAAAGAUCCUUUUGCUUGGUGAGAGCGGCGUUGGCAAAUCCAGCAUAAUCCUGGCUUUCACAAAAGGCGACUAUCAGGCCCAAUUUCCAGCUACAAUAGGUGUGGAUUACAACUGCAAAGUAGUAGAUGUUAAUGGAGUGAAAGUUAAACUGGGUAUAUGGGAUACGGCAGGACAGGAGCGUUAUAGGACUUUGACGUCCAGUUUUUACAGAGAUGCACAUGGAGCUAUACUUGUAUAUGACGUAUCAGAACCCAAAACAUUAGCCAAACUCAACGAAUGGGUGGAAGAAUUACAAGUUUACACAACUAACAAGAAUAUUGUAUGUUUAGUUGUUGGGAACAAAAUCGAUAAGCCUCGCGCGGUUACAAGAGAGCAGGGCCAAGCAUUCGCGCAGAAGCACAGGAUGCUGUUCAUUGAGAGCAGUGCCAAGACGCAGGAGGGCAUCAAUCUGGCGUUUGAAGAGUUAACGCAAAAGAUAAUCGAGACCCCAGGGCUAUGGGAGAAGGACACCACGUCAUCCAACAUUCGCAUCACAGAGGAAGACAGGCGCGAACAGACGGGCUCUUGUUACGAAACAACGUGUACUAUAUAAUUUUAGCUCCAUAGAUGCCUGGAAUCUGGACUGGAAUUGUAACGGAUAUUUUCGGGAAGACUGCCUUUUAGACCAUUGGAUGUGUGUCAAACGGGUUCAGGCUAAACCUAGGUUUUGUUGGAUAUAAUUUUGAACAAAGGUUUAGGCUGAACUUGAUGUAACUUUGCCCUAUAUGCUGUAUAAAAGCUAUUUUUUUUGUGCGUCGUUUUUGAAUAUUGUAUAGAUAUAAACCAGGUUCUAAUGUUGAUUUCAAAAUUAAAAAACAUCUGUGAGCAACUUUUAUAAUUUUAAUGAAUAUUUUGUUAUGAAAUUCGGGUGCUUAAAAUCAUGUCUAUCGUUAUUUUAAUAUCGACUUUAAGUUUUUGGAAUACGGUCUAAUGUCAACGUGGAUGGGAGACGAGUAAGAAUGAAUUCGAUGGUUAUUUAAACUCAACAUUAUGACUUACAUCCUUGAUAUUAGCUUAGCAAUAUCGGGGCGUUCGAAACGGCACCAUAUGUUAAACGACAUAAGGUUGAAUAUUGCCAUCGAAUUCGUUCGGUGUCUUUUUGUCUACCGCUGACCCGGACUCAAUAUCACGUGUUCAAAUUUCAUAUCUUCGUAUUUUCAAUUUUAUAAUCAAUGCUAUCAUUAGUACAAUCUUCAUAAAUGUAAUAUAUUGAAUAAUAAAAAUAAAUGGUUAAAUGGAUUCCGUAUGAUUGAUAAGGGAGUGUCAAAUGAAAUCACUUUUUGUAUAAAAUUAUUAUUUUAAUAAGAUACUAUAAAAAUGUUUGCUUUUGGAGUUUUCCGUUACCUAUUAACUGUUACCAUUGGUCAAUACUCAGAGGGCUGGGACAAGCAUAAAAGAUUUUAAAUUUUGAGUAAAAGCAACCCACAAAAUUUGUGCAUUACUUGGAGGUGUUUUUUCAAUUGUAUUUUUUUCUGCACGAAAAAGUGACUCCAGUGCAAUAUUGUAAGUGGAGUAUGAUCCUAUAAAAUUUCGACUUAUGAGAGAUGAUUACCCCUCAGUAGUCGACACUAUUAUGCCGGCCUGUUAGAUCCAGAAAUACACAGUCCUAUCCCGGAACGCGAAUUCACACUCUUGUACAUUAAUAUUAAACUGAUUUUAUUUGACUUGCCUUCGCCUGCCUUCCAAGCUUUCCGUGUUGAGUGUGUGUACAUUUUUUCAUUGUAGACCUCAUGUGUUUUACGUCACGAUACGAAUGCUUGUCGUUUCGACGAGCUGCGAUUUUUUGUCGCAAGACUUUUAAUCGCAACUAUUGAUAAUUUGGUAAUAUAGUCUAACAAGUGAUUGAUAAUCGGACCCAAAAGGCGGACUUCCAAUAGUUUGGAAUGAUAUGAGUACAGUAGGUAAGUAGGUAAUAUAGAUAAAUUUUGGUAUGUUCGUCUUUUUGUAAAUUGGAUUAAACUUUAUGCAAAAAAUAUAUCCAUUGUAAUUAUGUUCCAUAUUCUUUUUACAUAUUCUCUAGAUUUUAAUAAAAAAUAUUUGUAAAAGUAAGUAAAUACUACGACAAAAAAUCGCAGUGCUGUCGUACCUUACUGUGAUUGCAAAUUCAGAUUUACUGCAACAUUAUUGUGAUAUACGUGAUCGGCUUUUGUAAAGAAAAUAAAAAUAAAUGUUUAUUUUACACAAUUAAUAUAGUUAUUUCACAAUA